AGAGUGACCAUGGGCCUCUUGGCUGCUUCUAUCACCAGUGCUCUCUUUGCUCGGUCUGUCAGUUUAGGUGGAAGGACAUGUCUUUGUAGGUUAGCAGUCAGGGCAUACUUCUACCAUUUUUGGAUGAUGGAUUAAACAGUGCUCCUUGAGACGUUCAAAGCUUUCGAUAAUUUUUUUUACAACCUAUCCCUGCUUUAAACGUCUUCUCCACAACUCUUUCCCUGACCUGUCUGGUGAGUUCGUUGGUCUUCAUGAUGCUCUUUGUUGACUAGUGUUCUCUAACAAAGCACGGAGGCCUUCACAGAACAGUUGUAUUUAUGCUGAUUCUAAAUUACACACAGGUGGACUCUAUUAACUAAUUAGGUGACUUCUGGAGGCAAUUGAUUGCACUGCAUUUUAUUUAGGGGUGUCAGAGUACAGGGGGCUGAAUACAAAUGCACACCACACUUUUUUUUUUUGUUUAAAUUUUUGAAAACCAUGUAUCAUUUUUGUUUCAAUUAUGUGCUUCUUUGUGUUGGUCUAUGACAAAAAAUCUCAAUAAAAUACUUUUAAGUUUGUGGUUGUAAAGUGACCGAAUGUGAAAAAAUUCAAGCGAUAUGAGUACUUUUUCAAGGCACUGUAUGCCGUUCCAAAACCUUUAGUUGUCGUUCAGUAUUCAUGGAGCCCUCCCAGAUGUGUGAGAUUUUUGAUAAUUGUAACUGGCUUCAGUUGCUUUUGUCUUAUGGGUAUAGUGUGUUUAAAAAUGGUGGCUUUGUGUAUUUUGUUCGUGAGGACUCCAUGAAGAUGAGCACCUUGUGAAAGCUUAUGGGGACCUCUUUAAAAACCUUGUGGUCACUGCUCUGUAAAGUCCAAAUUUGAUUUGUCAGACCACAGGACAGUUACUCAUUUGGCCUCAGUCCAUCUUAGGAGCAAUUUUCAACCCUUGCAGUGACUUCCACUACAGAGUCAUGUCUUUUUUUAUGCAGUGCUGUGUGUUGCUAGCACCAAAUUAAAUGAGCAAUUUUCUCAUAAAACUAUGAGCUCUUGUAUGAACUCUUCAAUUUCAACAUUUGAUAUGUUGUCUUGGCAUUAUUUUCUAUCAAUUCUAUCAUCAAGUUUCCCCUCGUGGAUACACUAAGUUCUUAUCAAAAAUCAGAUUUCAAUGAUUAACUGUUACACUGUGUUUUGAUCAACACUUAACACAGUGCACCAAUUUGUUUUGGGAAGUGGAGUUGUAAGUUGUGCACUGACUUUGCACCCAAAAAACAACUUUAAUGUUAUUCUGGUCACUAUCUUAAUAUGUUGGCUUCAUUGAAGAUUUUGUGUCAUUGUCAGACAUUGUCAAUCACUGCUACAUCCACUGUCUGAUUUAUGUCUAGCAAACAGUACUGUAAGGACUGUAAACUUUGGAUUCAGAGUGCACAUGUCCUUAUCUAUGAGAAUCAUUUCCUGGUGUGUGAAAAGUUCCCAGAUCAGAGCAGCAAAUAUCAGUCAAAAGACCCCCAUAGUGUCAUACCUCCAGGCCCACAUGUGUGUUGGUUAGACUUCUUCACUGUGUUUCAUGAGGGCCACUGUGUCGUUUAAAGGUCUCACCUGAGGAGCUGUUUCAUGUGCUUUUUUUUUUUUUUAGGAGGAAUUUACCCACAGAUGCAACUUUUGAUGGUGUCUGUCUGUUUAGCAGCAGUACACAACUGUCAUGUCUUUGUAGUUUAGCCAAAAGUUUUACAUUUGAGCGAUGUCAAACAAAACUGUUGGUAUGAUUUGACUGGCUACCGAAUACUGGGCUAGGCAAUAGAAGAGGGGAGAGCUGUUAAGCUUAUUAUUGUCAUCACCAACCUUACCCCACUGCCCCUCUUUACUGUUUGUAUCAGACUGGCUCACCAGCCUUUGUUUCGCCCCACCCUCAGGUGACCCCCAGAGGAGAAAACAAUCCAUAAAUCGACAUAACAACUUCCAGCAGUGUAUCUGUACUGAAGUUUUCAUUUUGUUUGGUUCUUUCUGACCCUUUGUUCUGGUUUGAUGUUCAAAUUUGCAGUUAGGAACCAAAAAAGUCAAAAUAAAAAGACCCUCUCUGCUAGUUCAAGUAAAAUCAAUAACACUGGCAUAUUAGGAAAUAAAGGCAUUGUAAACAGUUACCUAUAUGUUUCAAUGUGUGGCACUCCAAAUGAACAUGUAUUAAACUACAUUUGUAUGUACAGAAUAUUUUGAAGACCCAUUGGAAAUUAAUAAGAGACCUUUGUGUGGCCUCUUCCUUAACUAUUGGUACUUUUGAUUACAAUUUCCUCUCUGAAAUGAUCACUUUUCUUGUUCCGGCUUCACUUUCUAUUUAACUUGUGACAGCAGUGUAAAUGGGAAUGUCUUCCCUAACAACUUCCACAUGUCCUGCCAGUCUCCAGCUGUCCGAUCCAUUGAGGGCAAAAAUGCCCCAAAACAAAAUUUGAAAUGAAAAAAGAAACUGCAUGUCAUCAUGACAUUCCGGUUGGGUUUGCCAGUAAAUAUAAAGAAAAUUUGUACUUUAAUACUGAUGUUAAAAAGUAGAUGUGCUUGAUAUUCUUGGCAUAACCACAGUAUACUACGCCCAAAGCAUACAAGGUAAAUUACCGGUUACUGCAUAAAACUUUCUACUGACACAAUUAUCGACAGAUGUAAUCAGCAGACAAAGAAACAGCCAUUGAAUACUGUAUGUGCAUGCAUUGACAGCUUUUGCAUAGCAAUAUGUAUGUAUGGAGUACACAGCAUACAUGACCAUACAGAAGUGUGGUAAACAGACAGCAAAUUCAUCACUUAAUGUAGAUAUAUGAAUGAGAACACAUUUACAGUGGGGUUCCAUGUUAUGUGUUCAUCUUGUUUCGUGUCUGUUUCUAAGACAAAAGAUAGAAGUAGGAGCAAAACUUUAUCACAGAAGAAACGUAGAGUUCUUCACAAUGAAAAAAGGUGUAAAAUAUCAGUAUGAACUGUUAUAGAUAUCAGUAUCAAUAUCAGUAUUGACCAAAAUGAGUUGGGAAAUAUUGUUGUCUGGAAUAUCAGCCAAAAAAAUGUGAUGCAUCCCUGAAAAAGUAGUCAGAUGCAGCUAACCAGUGAUGAUUGAUUAAAGCACUUCAUUUCAAUAAGACUGAGUAUUCAGGUGAUAUUAAUUUUUUUUUCUUUUUUUAGAUUUAAGGCUUUUUUUUUUUUUUGAUUGAAGAAAAGGAUCAACCUGUUGAAAGUCCUUUUGUCAGCAGCUGUCUAACUUAAUCCCACUUUCCAUACUACUUUCACAUUCAGCAAACUUAUAGUCGCCCACUGCAGUCAUGACCACCACACAGAUUGCUUGCCUGUUGUGUCUGUACUGCACAAAUACAGGCAGUUCAUGAUGGCAGUAUCAACACUGACACUAGUCCAAACUAAGCCGUAGUACCCAAAUACUGACUGUCCUAUCAGGCAGUGUGUUUUGCUUCUGUCCUGGUUAUCUUUACCCUGCAGAAAGCAAAGAAUGACACUGGGUGACUUGCAUACUUUGGCCCCGACUGGACUUUGAUCAAAUCACUCUCACAAAAGAUUAUUUUGCUAUUAACCUGAGCUGAACCACAAAAUAAAAGAAACAAUGUGGGUGGAAGGACUGAAAUGAGUCCCAAACUGUGCACACAAGUUUAUUUAGACUGAUCAUUGCCCAACAAGUCCAGCACGGUUUACUCUUUACAUGGUUCAAGUCUCUGCAGUUGACUGGACAUACUGACCUGCUCAGACUGGCUGUCAUUGAUUUUCUUUUCAAAGUGGAACCACAGUUUUGUUUGUCACGUGGUGGCAUUCACCUCUAUACACACACAUUGCAAAGUACAUAUUACUCAAUAAUUAGGUCAACAUGAAAUUGCAGAAGUUUUUUCUGAUUGUAUAACACGUUUAAGUCACUGCAGCAGGGUCAGAGCUGACCUAAAUGUUAAUGAUAACAUACUUAGCUGAACCAAACUAUGGACCCACUGACAAACCCUUAAAGCUGCUGCAGACAUGGUCUAAAACAUUAAAGUAGUCAAGGGUUGAGAGCUCGAAUAGUUAAUGUGAAAACAUCCUGUAAGCACAAGCAUUUGGACCACAUUGAAAAAGAAAAAAUAUUACAGAAUUGGAGAAUAAAGUCAUAAAUAUUAAGAGUAUAAAACUGUAAGAACACAAAGUUGUAGUUUUAUAAGAUUACAGUCCUAUUGUUAUGAGGAAAAAAGUUGUACAUUCAUUUUAAAAAGUCACACUUUUAGUGGUAUUGAAGCUCUAUGUAUGACAGGGUAGAAGAUGAAGUCAUCAUAUUAUAAGAAAAAAAGAGGUAGUUAGGUUGUAAUAUUACUGGAACAAAGUGGGAAUUAGAAUUGUAAAGUUAUACUUAAUUUCAUUGUUAAAAUAAGCUGAAUACCCAGUAUACUUUUACCAUUUCAGCACCACAUUGUCGCAAGUAUCAGGAUUCAGGAUCAAUUGUGCAAGAAAGUGAGUCUGUUAUUUAAAAAAAGUAAACUAAUAGGAAGCCAGUGCUUACUUGCACAGCCACUGUUUGUCUUCAGCUCUCAUUCACAGGAUGAUUUAAGUUUCUAUGAAGGCAGCUGGCUGCUCUUUUGAAGUCCUCUUAUACAGAUCAAUCACAGCCUGUAGUUAUGUCUUCUUUGUUUUAAAAUUACAUCUAAAUUCUUAUAAAACCAGACCUUUAUAACUAUCUUCAUAUUAUAGUUUAACUUCACAAGGGCUUUAUUCUCAUAAUAAAACAACUUUAAUCUUGUUACACAACAACUUGAAUUACUUAUGACUUUGUUCUCACAAUAUUUUCAAAUUCACUCUGGAAAUCUUUAUUUUUUCCUCAGUAUGGCCCUAUGACUCUGUUGGAUGUUAGAAACACUGUAGCUGUGCACCCUUUGAAGCAAUCACUCAAUCUGAUGAGAAGUUACACUGAUUACAGUUGAUUGAACAAUCUUAACCUAAAACAUCUUUUACACUGACCUGAUUUUGUUUCCUCAAAAUAGUGUUGGUUUGAUUAUCUGAGUAGAUUGAUGCUUUUAAAAAUAUGUUAAACAUUUUAAACACUUCAUAGAGUUUUGAAAAUAUAUUCUAUAAAUAAAGAUUAUUAGCACUCAUUAUUAUAGUUAUUAACGCAGCUAAAAAGUAGCUCCUCAGAUGUAGUAAUAACACUGCAGUGUUAUUAAGUGUGAGCGCUGCCUUUUUAAAAUUCAUUAAAUCCGUCCUAUAACACUGUCAAAGACCAAACCAUGAUGCAGUUUGCUUCAAUUUGGAUGAUGUCCUUUUCUUUCACUUCCUCGUGCGAACCCUGACCCCUUAGAACAGAAAGAAAAGGUUGGGGUACUUUUUCAACUUAUGAAGUAGGAUAAUCCUUCAAAACCCUAGUAUGUCAUCAGUAUACUUGAUACAUUGAUAUAAACACUAAUACCACCAGCUUGUCAGCAAGAUAUACUAAGAGUUCAGCAAAAGGAAAGAAUAGUAAUUUGUCAUGUCAAAGCACAUUAUAGCACAUUAUGUUGAAUACCAACACUACAACAUACAUGCCCCCCCCCCCCCCUCUCUGUUUGAUUUGGGGGAAGAGCUUCAUCAACCCCACAGGCUUUAAAAACAACUGGGGCUUCUACUCUCUGUUUAUGUGGGUCACAGGACAGAGAGAGAACAGAGGUAAGAGCUUCUUUAUCAAUUACAAUACCUCUUUUAUUUUGAAAAGCUCAAUAUGAAGUACAUUUACCUACAUUUACCAAUAUUUAAUAAUAUUUUGUCUUUCCAGGGAGUAGAGGUUUUUUUUUUAAUCUUAAUUAUUUUUCUGUCAGAAAUAUUACUGUUGAUUUAAAAAGUCCCCUUUAACUAAUAAUCAUACAUUUUAAUGUUUGUUUAUGUGAUACUUUAGGACAGUUGAUACAGUUUGCAUUAAGUUGUGAGGUAAAAUUCAAGGGUUUCCACAGCACACUUUUAUGUUUUCAAACUGCAUUACUGAGAUUGUUUGCACAUACGCUGAUAAACGGAUCAAAAUCAAAUUGAUGAAUUCAUGACUGAAUUUUAAAACAAUCAUACUACUCUUCUUCAUCAUCUACGUUUCUGUCUUCAUCUGUUUUGUUUGUGCAUACAGUUCAGCCAAUGAGGCUGUUAAUAACUGUCCCAGCCUCUCUUUGUCUCCUUGCCUGGCUGUCCCUUUGCCCCGUGACAUUCUUCCCUCUGUUUAUCACAUAAUAACAAACUCUUUUUUUCGCAGAUUAUUUCCACAUGUGAUGACAAAGACAAUGAGGUUUACUCUUUUAAUUAUUCAGAGAUCAGACUGACCGAAGAAUUGGUUCAGGGUCUGUGUGUGUAUGUUUUUUUUGGGGGGGGGGUGGCAACCAAAGACCAGAGCUGUUUUUAUUUCCCAGCACACGUGCUGCCCUGCUCUGCUGAACUCAUGAUUGCAGCCUAUAACAUUAAGUUUAAGGGGCGGGGGAUACUUCAAAAUCUAAGGUUUUAUGCAGUCCCCAGAUAUUUGCCCCCAUGUUCAAGGUGUAAGGUGCAUGGAUGUUUAAAAAGACUACAUGUAGCACCUGUGUGUAAUUGCACAGAAGAUUUUUUGGCCAUUUUGCAUGUUUCCUUAUUCCUUAAAUGUUUUCCUGUCAGGUCCAGCCAGGGAGGCACGAUGCGCUCCCUCUUGUUGCUGUGGCUAUGCACGGCCCUGCCAGAUCUGCUUUGGGCCUCUCACGUCAGCCUGAUUGUGGAGGGGGACAGUAAUGCAUCCAGUAUCUGUAAACCUGCCCCCCACUGGGAAAUAAAAGGACAGGCACCCAUGCAACCGCUGCUGGGAAAUGUGGUUGUGGUAGCACUGCUGAAGGCCAGCUGACAGUUCUGUCUCACUCAGGCCUCCAAGUAAGGAAGAGUUUGGCUGACUCGGUUUGCUCUGGUUUUGUUUGCAUGCCAUGACUGAGGGAGAGCAGAAGACAUAUCAACUAUGUCUUGUUUAAAAGCUAUUCAACAGUAAAAAUUAAACGUCAAGCUCAUGGAGGACUCUAAGAAUAUGAGCACUUAAAAAACAGGCAAUAAAUGUCAAAGUAAAAAUUGAGCUUUUCAAAGUUAUAGAUUAAACCCUAAAAAAAUGACUCAACUCUUUGUCAUGACAUUACUGAAAAGCUUUCUUUAUGACUAUUCCAUGAACACAUUUUUAUUUAUUUGUGGAGUAAGUGGCCACAGCUCAAAAACUGCCGAAAAUCUCUCUUCUAGGCUUGAAUGGCAAAAUAGAUACAGCUGUAGAAUUCAGCGCUGUCAUAUUAGAUUUCUACCUAACAUUUAUCAUCACCAUAGAAUAUCAGGUUAACAAUAUUACUGUGAUAUUUAUGGAAAAGUUGAAAACAGCUCAAAUUAAGGAAAGGAAGAGCAAGGGUGCACUGUAAAAAAUAGUUUUAUUUUAUGAAGAAACACUGUGUUUUUAUGGCUUGAAUACAGUAAUUUGAAGUUAAAUUAACAAUAAAUUGAUGGAUGUUUUUCUGGUCAAAGCACAUGUAUUUUAUGGUUUGCUACUGAAUUUAAUUUAAAUUUUAACUGUAAAAAAUGAACAGGUCUGAUGUCCCUUUACCAUUAAAGCAAAAAAAAAAAAAAAAAAAAAAAAAAGGUUGUACUGUGUUUAUCAGAGUAAAGUUCUGGACACCCAGCUGCCAUUUUUACUAAAAAAAAAAUCAAUUUCUUUACAGUGUGGUAAACAGUUUGUGUUUAUAUUACUUCAUGAAAUUAACAAGUGCAAUUAACGUAUAUAUGAAGCAUCCAUUUCUAAUAUUUAAAUUUAUGAUUAAUCAUCAACCCUGUGACAAAACUUCUUUAGAGAAGAAAUAAUUAUUAAACAUUUAACAUUAUGCUUUUAUUUUAGGUGUCUCAGUUAUUUUCAGCACAGUCAAACUAUGCUUUUAUUUUAAAGUUUACUACUUUUGGUAGAUCUUAGGCUACAGAGUGGAAAGAAAACGGUUUGAAGGGGUUAGAAAGUAUAAAGUUUUAUUGAUUAGUAACCUGAAGAUGCACAUGCUCUAUCAUCGUCUUUGGAUUAAUGUAACAUCUUGAACAUCAAUUUUAGAAAGUGCAGAAUCACCUGCUUCUGCAAGCUUAACUAGCUCUUUGUCCUAUGUUUUAUGACACGAGGCAACUAGCAUCAAUGACCACGACUUGAAACUACCAUUUCAUAAGACUAGUCAACACCAGUAUAUUGCGACAAUUCUAUUUAAAAAAAAUGAAGGACUUAACUGCUGGUUUACUUAAUUUGUUACAUAGUGCACCCCAUGAUGAGCAGAGUGUCCGCGAAGUUUAUGGCCCCAGUUUGAUUUCAGCUUACAGCUCUUUGCUGCGUAUCAGUUCCAGUUGCCCCUUUAAAGUUUCCCACACCAUCCACUGACCUGUCUUUGAACUGAAAAGGCUGAAAAGCCCAAAAAUAAAUUUAAAGGAAGAGAAAUUAAAGGACUGUGAAUGAGGUUGCCUUACAGGUUAUUAAAAAUUAUUAAAUAAUAGAUGCCACAGUGUUUGGAUUAGCAGUCUUACAUUGUAAUUCACAGUGUCUCUUUCUGUCCCUCUGAAGAAUUGGAGGCCUGCGUGAAAAGCUGAACCGCAGCAACCUAACUGAGGUGUCCUUUAUGAUUGUAAAUGAACGUGACGCUCAUUCAAGAGCCAUGUACUGGGAGCUGAAGAGGAGAGCGCCUUCCGGUGUUCCUGUGUAUCAGCAGGCUCCAUUACAGGCUGACGUGUGGGAAGCUCUGGAUGGAGACAAAGACGACUUCCUGGUUUAUGAUCGGUAAAGCAAGUACUCUUCUAAAGACAUGGACAAUUUAGAUUAAUUUAAAUAUCCCAGACUGGCAAGUUUCAGAUUUUACGUAAAAUUAGAAACUAUAAUGCUGGAAUUUUUCCCAACACUCUGGUGGUUUCAGAUUAUAAACUGGAGACUACACUUUUGAAAGAUCAGAACCUCAACAAUGAUUUUAUAUCAACAUGCAACCAGAAGAUGAAAACACAACUUAUCAUACAUCUCACAAAAAUAUAUAUUUUUUUAAAAUAGAGCUUUAAAUGUUUUUACUUUUCUUUCUCUGUUCUCUUUUUUUCUCCAGAUGUGGACUGCUCACCUUCCAUAUUGUGCUGCCUUACAGUUUUCUGCAUUACCCCUACAUAGAGGCCGCCAUCAGAGCCACAUACAAAAAAGACAUCUGCAACUGCACAGUGAGUCACAACAUGCUCCUGCACAAAAAGAUGUUUGCACACAAAGGGUUAUGAAUACCUGCGACAACUGCAUCCAUCAUCAACAUCAAGUGAUUUUUAAUACUUUGAAUACAUCUCUCAUUUAAAGCCCAAUCACAUGAGAAUUAUAUUUCUCAUAUGUUUUGCACUAAUAGUCACUUUUAUGGAUGUGAAUUACUCACAAAGUGAGUUAUUUAGUAGUUAUUUUCACACUUUACAUUUUUUGCAACUGGAAAAAAAUGUUGCUGACUCAUCCUUUAUUUGCAGUGUACUCACUGAAAAUCAACUGUAAGGCCUCCUAAAAUGUGUAUGUCUCUUCUGUAUGAUGCACAGGUUGUAUAAGCUUGUAAGCAGCUAUGGUGCAUUGCUGUGACUGAAUUUAAAUGCUUUUACAUUCAGUGCUUUUAACUGCUGUGAAUCCCAGCAGUCAGAACUUGGGCAUCAUCAUAACUGCUGACCAGAUAACCCUUUUGGCUCUCAAGACUUUAAAUGCUCCUGUAACCAGUGUUGCUCCAGUUACUUUUUAAAAGUAAAUUGAUUGCUGAUUACUCCUUUAAUUGCUUGAUUUAAAAGUAACUUAGUUAGAAAACAAGUUACUUUUUAAGUUACAUUCAGCAGCCUCAACACGACCAUUUUCUUUCCAACACUCACUUUAUUAGAAGUGACAUUUUAACAGGAAUGUCAAAAAAUACAUGUUUUAAAAAUAAAUAAAUAAAAAUAAAGACAGUCUUUCCUGACUGACAAAACAUAAGCUUUUUUUUUUCUUUUUUCAAUAAAGCAUAAAAUAAAGUCAGUCUUUAAAAUAGUGGCUGUAUUUCCAGCUUGAGAACACACAUCUCUCUCCUCCCGCCAUUGUUGCUUAUGUUUGUGGCUGCUUUAUGUGCACUCAUGUGUUACAGGUAAGUGGUCCUCAUGCUGAAAACGUGACUUGUUACUACCUACGUGACUGAUGUCUCUCUCUUUUUUUAAAGGAAAAUUAGAAAAAAGUCACGCACACAGUGACUUGGACACGUAACUUAAAUUUAAUUGUUGGUUUGGAAAUAGCAGCGCGUUAGAUGACUCGUCACUGAAAAAAGUGGACUUAUUAGAGUAGCGUGUUACUAAGUAAGGCAUUACUGGCAUCACUGCCUGUAACAUCAGGAAGAUCAGACCCUACCUGUCAGAUCAUGCAACACAGCUCCCAGUACAGGUUCUCAUAAUAUUACAUAGUGGCUACAGCAACUCCUUACUUGCAGGCAACGUUAUAAAAAGCUUUUCAAAUCAAAAGAAGAGAAACGUAAGGAAUACAGUGACUGGAUAUUUAAAAGCUGUAACAGAAUAGUGAUGACUGAACAACUCAAGGGAUAUAUGAAACAGACAAAUAGAAAGAAAGAAAUAAGAUGCAUAGUAAUGACAGAAAUGAAAAUAAACCUUUUAUUCUUUGACUGCAAACUCUGCCUUCAUUCAUUUACUCCAGUUUGCUGUUGUUUUUGUUUUUUCUAACUGAAGUGUCACAAUUGCUACACGUGUCAAAUUUGCAUCUGAAACAGCAUGACAAAGUUAUGUAUCAUUGUUGUAUUUCAGGGGUUAAUGUUCUGCUCUCAAGUGGUCAAAAUGUGCUCAAAGCAGUUUUGAAGUCCUAAACUAGAACUUAACUCUAACCUGUUUUUCCCUUAGGCUAAUUAUACAUUAUCAAGCAGCAACAGUGGCGCAACACCUCCAAGUCCGGUGGACGAUGAUGACCCCGGGGUGGAAGACAUCCCUCCCAGGCUAAGUCACAGCCACCACCCUCACCACCACCACCAUAGUCACCAUGAUCAGUCCCAGCAUGACGACCAUCAGAAUCAAACUGUCCACUAUCAUAAUCAUCACCAUAAGCAUGUUCAUAUUCAUCAUCAUCAUGGUGACUAACUGACUAAGAUACUCAUUGGACACUCACGCUACAUUUACAUGGCCGCCAUUUUCCCCUGACGUCAUGCUCAGGUGUGACACAGAAUUUCUGUUUUAAAUAAAUAAAUUGUUUUACUUUUAAGAAAAGGCUGAUCUCCCUCCAGAUUUCCGCUUUCCGUUGUCUUGUAGUUGCUGACUGAUCACGAGGAAGUAAAAUAUCUGUAAGGUUUCUAAGAUAUUUUAUGAUAGUUAGUCUGAAACCGCUGUAAGACAUGAUAGCAUUUAAGUUACUGACUCUCAGCAAGGCACCAAGAGAAACCUCUUCCAGUGUGUGUAAAUAUUCAGAUUAGUCAGUGUUUUUCUAGCUUUUUCUGCUUUAGCUGAGCAUGGCUUGUACAAUAUUUGAAUUUUGGUUAAAAUAUUCACUCUGUGGCAUUCACUUAGUUGAAAAUGUGUUUAAGCAUUAGUCAGCUUGUGGUUUCUCUAUCAGUGUGUUCUUACCUCUCUCCUCUGUGUGGAUAAUGUCACCCGUCCUUCCUUGUCUUCUCCCAUUAAUGAAGUCUACAGUGAAAAACCUGCUGCAGGAGGCUGUGGAUGGAUGUGCGUGGAGAGACUGAAUGGACUGGCUGUCUUAGUCAAGCAGAGAGAGUCAGAGGAUGUAGUUCACAACUAGAGAGAAAUUAAUGGUUGUCUUUCUGUCUGGAAACAUUUUCCUCUUUUUUCAGUGUCUGCCUCUGUAAGUUUUUCUUGCUGUAACAUCAGGAGGUGAGAAACCCUGCUGCUAUACAACAGUUAAACCUGCAUACUUUCAUAUAUUUGAAUGAACUGACAUUUUAUCACUUGACAUGUCAUGAUGUUCAACAUGUCGUAUCACUGGCUCAUAUUGCACAUUUCUGCAUUUACCACAUGUUGUAAUAACAGCUUUAAAUAAUGUACUUUAAACUAACUUGCUCAAUAUAAAUGGAUAUCUAUGACUCUAAAAUGUUCAAUUUAAGCUGUCUUUAAACAACUUAAUAAAGAAUGUAUCCCUUUACAUCUGUGCUUCUGGU